CAUAGCCGUCAGAGCCUGAAGAAGUACGUUAAGGCCAACAACAACAUCACCGCCACCGACUCCAUGUUCGACUCCCUCUUCAACCGUGCUCUCAAGACCGGUGUUGAGAAAGGCGUCUUCCUGCAGCCCAAGGGUGCAUCUGGCGGUACCAAGCUCGCCAAGAAG